AUGAGCAACAUCCAGACAGGGAUUAUGACUAAACUACCAUUGCAUAUCCUGCGCUCGAACGAUAAUGCGAGAACCAAAAAACCCUCCUCCGUGCGUAGAGUGACGAGUGCCAACUCGUUCCACGCGUCUCUCAAUGUUAUCUCGUCGAUGCCGUGGCCUGGAGAUGAACAGAUAGACCUGCCAUACUUGGUCGGGCCUUUGACCGCAUCGUCAGAGAUGAGUGGAUACAACAUACUGAAAAUAUGCUUAUUCUUACUUUCCCACGUUCUUUAUGCUGCUACUAUUGGAACUUCUGAGUAA